AUGGAUCUUCUCAGUCAGUUGCAGCGACAGCUCGCCGAUUUCACAGCUUCUUUGUAUCGAGAGGGUUUUGUGGACGAUCAGUUUACUCAGCUGCAAAAGCUGCAAGAUGAGAGCAGCCCUGAAUUUGUGGUGGAGGUUGUCUCUCUGUUCUUUGAAGACUGUGAAAAGCUCGUUAACAAUAUGGCCAAAGCCCUAGAACAGCAGGUUGUGGACUUCAAACAGGUGGAUUCUCAUGUCCAUCAACUGAAAGGUAGUAGUUCCAGCAUAGGUGCAGCAAGAAUUAAAAAUGUUUGCAUUGCCUUCAAAACUUUUUGUGAAGCCCAAAACCGGGAAGGGUGUUUGAGAUGUCUGCAACAAGUGAAUCAUGAACACGCUCAAUUGAAGACCAACCUUCAAACUUUAUUCACGCUGGAGCGACAGAUCGUGGCAAAUGGGGGGUCAAUUCCUGCAAUGCAAUAA